ACGCGCGCACGCGCACACACACACACCUGUGUACAAGAGUUCCGCGUUCAGCAACGAUCACAAAACUGGACCUGCCAUGGACGUGUGUGCAUUGUCAAGACACAAAAAAUUGGUUCACUUGGAUUUAAAAGGGGCCCCUCCCAGAAUUAGCUACCUAUAUGAGCUGAUCCAGCUUUUUGCUGAUCUUGGUGCAAAUGGCAUUCUUAUGGAGUAUGAGGAUAUGUUUCCCUAUGAAGGGGAGCUGAAGAUUCUUCAGUCAAAAUCUCACCCACCCUACAGCCGUGAAGAAAUCAUUGCCAUUCAAGAUGCUGCUUAUUCCAAAGGGUUGGAAAUCAUUCCUCUGGUGCAGACAUUUGGACACCUUGAAUUUGUCCUGAAGCAUAACACCUUUAGCAAGUUUCGAGAAGUAAGCCACUGCCUAGGGACCCUGAACCCACAUAGCAAACAAGGACUUGCUCUUAUACUGGAGAUGGUGAAUCAAGUUAUGGGGCUUCAUCCAAGAAGCACCGUUCUGCAUAUCGGGGCAGAUGAGGUAUACAUGCUCGGUCAAGGAGAGGAGUCGAAAGAGUGGUUAAGCGUUCCAGGUCACAGUAUUGACAAGCUGUUCCUCAGUCAUGUCACAAAGGUGGCAAAAAGCAUUAGGGAGACUUACCCCAACCUCGAUGUGAUAAUGUGGGACGACAUGCUGAGGAACAUGACCUCUGACACCAUUAAAGAUAGUGGUCUAGUUGGACUAGUGCAGCCCAUGCUGUGGGAUUACAGCCCUACUCUGGAUGAGGCCCACAAUAUUAUGCUAAUGGAGAAAUACAAGGCUGCCGGUUUGUCCCAACAAUGGAUUGCGAGUUCUUUCAAAGGGUCCACUACAGUAUACACGUGUGUAACCAGCACACAAAGGCAUGUGGACAAUCAUCUCCAGUGGUUAAAAGUGGUAUCUGGUCUAUCGCCCGGCAUUGACCUACAGGGAAUUGCACUCACUGGCUGGCAAAGAUAUGACCACUUGUCUGUUUUGUGUGAAUUGUUGCCCCUUGGCCUGGUCUCUCUUGCCUCAUGUCUGCAGACACUACAACAUGGAAGCUUUACUCAGGAAGCUCAGCACAAGGUGAUGGAGGCUCUUGGCACCGGAACAACUGAUGUUGGAGAUGUAGAGAGGUUGUCUCAAGGUUUCUCUCGUUCAUAUACUGGCAUGAAACUAGCUGAACUCAUCGUACAGCUAACAGCAAUGCUGGAGUCUGAAGAGCUCAGGCACUUUCAGAGCAAUAUGUUUGUGAGAGGCUGGUUCUCGCCUUAUCACCAACAGCAAAAGUUUAUCAACCCUCUUUUUGCACAACAGAUUCAGAAACAGGCCCAAGUGUUCCUGGAAGCUGCAGAGUUCAAGGUGCAGGAGGUGAGGCAGGAGAUGAAGAAGCUUUACCCAGACUUAACAGUGGAGGAAUGGGUUACUCAGCAUGUCACUCCUGUACUGAAGCCCAUUCAAGAUUUACUGACUGAUAUUCAGGUUGUCUUGGAGGAUAUGGGACUUUACAUUACUGAAUCUCAAAGUGGACUUUGAGUUCCAUUUGAAUUAAAAAAGAAGCUUAUAGAUGUUAUUGAAAGAAGAGAAAAUAAGGAACUAAUAUUUCAUGCUGUAUUGCAGGAUAUUGCAUAGAUUUAUAGUGUAUAACAUGAUCUAAACGCAUUAUAAACAUGCCAAGUGUUUUGACAUGUAUAAUUUGAACUACACACUACAAGGUUUGCCAGUCCUCUUCUAAGCUUUAAUAUUAAUUAAUAAUACUAAUUAAUAAUAAUAAUUAAUAAUAAUAAUACUAAAACUGUGAUUUUUUUUUUCAGGAAAUACAUUUUUUUAUAUAAAUUAAACAUUUGCCAAAUAUUAAAAUUUGUUUUUAAUCCUAAAUGUAUGUGUAUAUAGGGG